AUGGGGCUAGGUUGUCCGUGCACACUCGUUGUGUUGCCCCAGGGUCCUGGGAGCUUGGGCCACAGUGCUUCCCUCUUCAGAUGCAGAGAGGGAGGUCUGUGUGGUCUCGCACGGCUCGUGGUGGGCCGCCACACUGAGUCGGCAAGCUGCAACCUUCCUUCGGGCCUGCAGAGGCAUGAGUGUGGUUGGGUGGUCUGGCUCCUUGCGGCCAGCAGGCUCAGCUGCCUCUUUGGCAUCAGGCUCCUUGCCCUGGGUGGCAGGGACAGCAUCCUCCUGCUGGAGAAAGUGCUGAGAGAGCUGUCUGUGGAAGCUGGCAUUCGGAAGCCAUCUGAGCCUGGGUCUGAAGGGGCCAGAGACUAG